AUGGCAACUACAGUCUCCUAUGACGGUAUAAACUCCGCAUUCCAGCUUGGAGUGAAUAACGGGAGUGUCACUUAUACACAGUUUGUACAAUCGGAAACAUUGAACCAAGCAUGCCUUCGAGAUUUACGUACAACCAAUCCUUACGAUGAUAAAAACCGGAUCAUAGAAACCAAUGGCGGGCUGCUCAAAGACUCGUAUCGUUGGAUUCUAGACAAUGAAGAGUUCAAACGAUGGCAGGACAGCCCAAGCCAUCGUCUCCUCUGGAUCAGGGGUGAUCCUGGCAAAGGCAAGACAAUGCUUCUAUGUGGUAUCAUCGAAGAGUUGGCCAGAAUACAUGGGGAUACUACGAAAAUCUCGUUCUUUUUCUGUCAGGCGACCGACAUGCGAAUUAAUAGUGCCACGUCCGUCCUACGUGGGUUGAUAUAUUUACUUGUCGAAAAUAACCCAUCCCUUCUCUCCCAUGUGCGAGCUCGGUACGACCAGGCUGGCAAGGACCUCUUUGAUGACAGAAAUGCAUGGAAUGCACUCACGACCAUCUUCAUGGACAUUCUAGAAGACACAUCUUUAAAAUGUAUGUAUCUGGUGAUCGAUGCGUUAGAUGAGUGCACGAGUGGUCUUCGUUGCCUUCUAGACUUCAUCAUCCAGGCGUCAUCAGCCCAUUCACAGAUAAAGUGGAUUAUCUCGAGCCGUAAUUGGCUUGAGAUCAUAGAGCGUCUUGAGAUUGCAACCCAGAUAGCUCCGAUCUCACUAGAGCUAAAUGAGGCCUCUGUGUCGGAAGCUGUGAAUAAGUUCAUUCAAUACAAAGUCGACUCUCUAGCGAAGAUCAAAAGAUAUAAGGAUGACACUCGUGAUGCCAUCUACCGUUACUUAUCGUUGAACUCACAAGGCACUUUUCUCUGGGUGGCCUUGGUCUGUCAAAACCUUGAAAGAGCACUAUCAAGGCAAGCUGUUAAGAAGCUAAAAACAUUCCCUCUUGGGCUAAACGCUCUAUAUGGCCGUAUGAUUGAUCAGGUUCACAAGUCAGAAGAUGCCGAACUCUGUAAGGAGGUACUGGCUAUCAUGGUAGCAGUAUAUCGGCCUAUCACGCUUAGCGAGCUACCCUUACUUCUCGAAGCAUCAGACGAUGACUACGAUGACCAGGAAUCCCUCUCGGAGAUUAUUGCAAUUUGCGGCUCGUUCCUAACGUUACGAGGAGACACUAUUCUGUUCGUUCACCAGUCUGCAAAGGACUUUCUUCUCCAGGAAGUGCAAAACGAGCUAUUUCCUAUAGAUAUAGAGGGUAUACACCAUUCAAUCUUUAAAAGUUCUCUUGAAGUCAUGUUCAAGACACUUCGACGUGAUAUGUUCAAUAUCAAAUCACCAGGAGUCACGAUAAAGGAUAUCAGACAACCUAGCCCAAAUCCACUAGCAGCGACACAAUACGCUUAUAUCUAUUGGAUAGACCAUCUCAAAGACAGCAAGCACAGUGAAACCGAUGACUUAAGUCAAGUGGAUGCAUUUUUACAGCAGAAAUUCCUUUACUGGCUCGAGGCCCUUAGCAUUCUUAGAAGCGUUUCAUAUGGUAUCCAAGCGAUGGAAAAGCUCAAGAUGAUAAUUCAGGAAAAAGGCAGAUCACAAGCUCUAUUAGAUCGAGCUGAAGAUGCCUCUCGGUUCAUUCGAUAUAAUAGGACAGGCAUUGAAAAUACCCCUUUACAAGUUUACUGUUCACCUCUUAUCUUCAGCCCAACAGAGAGCCUGACGAGAAUAUCUUUUCAGAAGGAAAGACCGGGUUGGAUUUUAAAUAAUCCAGUGGUAGAAAAGAGUUGGAGUCUUUGUCUUCAAACUCUCGAAGGGCAUAGUGAUUCGGUCUUGUCGAUUGCCUGGUCGCCAGAUGGAACCCGGCUCGCAUCAGGGUCAAUGGAUGACACAGUCAGGAUCUGGGAUCUGGCCACCGGCCAGAGUGUGUCCACUCUCGAAGGGCAUAGAGGUUUAGUUCGUUCGAUUGCCUGGUCGCCAGAUGGAACCCGGCUCGCAUCAGGGUCAAUGGAUGACACAGUCAGGAUCUGGGAUCUGGCCACCGGCCAGAGUGUGUCCACUCUCGAAGGGCAUAGAGGUUUAGUUCGUUCGAUUGCCUGGUCGCCAGAUGGAACCCGGCUCGCAUCAGGGUCAAUUGAUAACACAGUCAGGAUCUGGGAUCCGGCCACCGGCCAGAGUGUGUCCACUCUCGAAGGGCAUAGUGAUUCGGUCGAGUCGAUUGCCUGGUCGCCAGAUGGAACCCGGCUCGCAUCAGGGUCCUAUGAUAACACAGUCAGGAUCUGGGAUCCGGCCACCGGCCAGAGUGUGUCCACUCUCGAAGGGCAUAGUGAUUCGGUCAGUUCGAUUGCCUGGUCGCCAGAUGGAACCCGGCUCGCAUCAGGGUCAUCUGAUAACACAGUCAGGAUCUGGGAUCCGGCCACCGGCCAGAGUGUGUCCACUCUCGAAGGGCAUAGUAAUCGGGUCUUGUCGAUUGCCUGGUCGCCAGAUGGAACCCGGCUCGCAUCAGGGUCCUAUGAUAACACAGUCAGGAUCUGGGAUCCGGCCACCGGCCAGAGUGUGUCCACUCUCGAAGGGCAUAGUGAUUGGGUCAGUUCGAUUGCCUGGUCGCCAGAUGGAACCCGGCUCGCAUCAGGGUCAUCUGAUAACACAGUCAGGAUCUGGGAUCCGGCCACCGGCCAGAGUGUGUCCACUCUCGAAGGGCAUAGUGAUUGGGUCAGUUCGAUUGCCUGGUCGCCAGAUGGAACCCGGCUCGCAUCAGGGUCAUCUGAUAACACAGUCAGGAUCUGGGAUCCGGCCACCGGCCAGAGUGUGUCCACUCUCGAAGGGCAUAGUAAUCGGGUCUUGUCGAUUGCCUGGUCGCCAGAUGGAACCCGGCUCGCAUCAGGGUCCGAUGAUAACACAGUCAGGAUCUGGGAUCCGGCCACCGGCCAGAGUGUGUCCACUCUCGAAGGGCAUAGUAAUCGGGUCUUGUCGAUUGCCUGGUCGCCAGAUGGAACCCGGCUCGCAUCAGGGUCCGAUGAUAACACAGUCAGGAUCUGGGAUCCGGCCACCGGCCAGAGUGUGUCCACUCUCGAAGGGCAUAGUGAUUCGGUCGAGUCGAUUGCCUGGUCGCCAGAUGGAACCCGGCUCGCAUCAGGGUCCUAUGAUAACACAGUCAGGAUCUGGGAUCCGGCCACCGGCCAGAGUGUGUCCACUCUCGAAGGGCAUAGUAAUCGGGUCUUGUCGAUUGCCUGGUCGCCAGAUGGAACCCGGCUCGCAUCAGGGUCAAUUGAUAACACAGUCAGGAUCUGGGAUCCGGCCACCGGCCAGAGUGUGUCCACUCUCGAAGGGCAUAGAGGUUUAGUUCGUUCGAUUGCCUGGUCGCCAGAUGGAACCCGGCUCGCAUCAGGGUCCAAUGAUAACACAGUCAGGAUCUGGGAUCCGGCCACCGGCAAGAGCGUGUCAACUCUUAACACCGGCUCCACUAGCUUCCUUCAGUUCGAUAACUUUGAUUUUAACGUUUUGCACACAAGCUUUGGUGCAUUUGAUACAGAAAAGCAGUACCGACUAGACGCGAAUAUUAAUGACCUCGCUUCUCAAGUCAGGAAAGGUCAAGUCGGUCUCGAUAAACGUCAAGAUAACCUUGAAGGUCGUCAAGAUGACAUCGAGGAAAAGUAUGAUGUCUUCAGCAUCGAUGUUCAAGAUCAAAUCGAAGAUGAGGUUAACGACAAGCUCGGGCUGUUCAAAGAGGGGCUCCAAAAUGUAUCACAAGUAUUACAAGAUGCUAUACGAGAGUUUUGA